ACGAAACGGAGCGAAAAGCAAGUAGCGGUCUAGCGACGACCGACGGCUCAUAUCAGGACUAACUGUAAAGUACUGUAUAUAUGUUCAAUUUUUUCUCCCUUAGCAUGGUGAUUUUAUGUAUUAAGUAGGCCGUGCCGUGGCAUUUGGAGGAAAUUAUCUCGUCUCCAGGAAGCUAUCAACAUCGAAAUAUGUAAUAAUUGGCGAGCGGACUCGGAUUAAUGUAGAACCCUAAGCCUUUGCUUUUGUGUAUACAGGAAACACUGAAUUUCCCCUUUUAUCUUCAUUACCUGAAUAUGUUUUUACUUGGCAGGUGGUUUUAGGACUAUCGAGGCGACUCUAUGUUAAAACGUAUACUUUGAGUAUUAUACACUAUAUGGGUGAGUCAUUUCUGAAAUAUAGGCCGCUUUAUUAGUCUGCUGUGCUGGGGCGAAGUAUUUUAUUGUUGUGAACUUAAACUGAAUAGUGGGUUUGUUAGUCACGUUUGCAGGGGAACUCUCGUUAAAUUCGCCAGAUCUUUUGAUUAUUUAUGUUGACAACGUGAAAAUUCAAACAAAAUGCCGGUUGCCCAGACGAGACUAGAAGUUCUUCAAAUACACAAACUGUUACAGUGUGUCCGUAAUAAAGACACGGCUCAGAUAGAGAAACUAUGUUCACACGGAGUUCAGCACCUCAUCAACUACAGUGAACCGAACGGAGGGGACACAGCUAUCCAUCUAGCUGCAAAGGCCAAUGAUGAGGAGAUGAUGAAAUUCUUAUUAGAGCUAGGGGCUCACCCGAAUGUCACGGACCUCAAUGGGCGAACAGCGGCCAUGAGAGCCGCAGAAUAUGGCCAUGUCCAGUCACUGGAAAUCCUAUGUAAUGCUGGAUCAGAUAUGAAGAUUAGAGACAUCGAUGGGAAAGGUAUACUUUUCUAUUGUAUUUUACCGACUAGUCGCCAUGUCAACUGUACAGAGAUGGUGAUAAGGAAUGGCGCCGAAUGCGAUAACAGAUCAAAUAAUGGCACCCCGGUCUUCAUGCUCGCCUGCGAAGAGGCUUUUGCCAAUGAAAAAAUAUGUUUACUACUUCUCGAGCAUAAUGCUGACGCCCAGUGCCAACACAAGAAUUCUGGUCGUACUGCUCUGAUGGCCGCAGCAUCGAGUGGCAGCAUUCCUGUGAUACGACAGAUGCUUCUAAAGGGAGCUCAGGUGAAUGCAGUCGACAAAGACAAGCGUACAGCCACCCACUUGGCAGCUAAGAAAGGCCAUUUUGAAGUCCUCAAACUUUUGUCUGCAUUCAAUGCAGAUCUAGGUGGCGUUGACGUCAUCGGGAAUACUCCUAUACAUUUAGCUGCUGAGGGAGGCUUUGCAAAUUGUUGCAAGUUCUUAAGUCAACGUGGUUGCCGCGCAAAUACGAAGAACGAUGAUGGCCUGUUACCAAAGGCUUUGGCCAAAAACAGUGAUUCAAAAGAAGCAAUGAAAGAGUGCCGUAAGGCUGAAAAACUAUCUAAGAAAAUAGGAGGGGGUGGGAAACCUCCUACAGAGCCUUGGGCUGUGAGUUUAUACGACUGGUGCGUCGAACGGCAGAACAUUCUUCGCGAGAGGUUUGAAGACGUUGACAAGGAAGGAACGGAACGAAUAUCAAGGGAGGAAUUUCUCGAGGUUCUUACUAACUUAGACGCACCCGUUGAUGAAGAGAACUUUAAAACUGUCUACUUAGCGCACGAUAAAAAUAAAGAAGGUGUUAUAAAUUUCUCCGAGUUUCUAACCGGGAAGAAAUAUGUACAUAAAACUUAUUUAAUGUCAUCAUUUGAAAAAAAGGAGAAGAAAGGCAAGAAGGGGAAGAAAGGAAAGAAAAAGAAAGGAAAAACCAAAGUCCCCAUGCCAAUAUGCAUUGGUCCGAUGGGCAAAAGAACUGAAUUUGGAGAACCGCCCGAACAUCUUAUCUCCCGGCACGUCCCAUUUACUGAUACAGGGAGGUUUACAAGGGACAUCCCGCCCGAUCACCCUAUUCAAGAUGAUUCAGCUUGGUAUUUACACACACCGGAUCGAACCUAUAUUAACAUAAAUGAAGCAGCUAAAGUAAGCGACUUUGAAAGUCUGAAAAUCGCGUAUAAUAAAGGCAGGGCCAUCGACACCAGAGAUAAAUACUACAAAACGCCACUGAUGGUAGCAUGCGCACAGGGAAAUCACGCGAUGGCGCAGUUUCUAGUAGACAGAGGUGCCAAUGUGAACGCAUGUGAUAACUUCAAAUGGACACCACUGCACCACGCGGUACUAUCGGGCCAGUUAGAUAUAGUAGAAAUGAUGCUGGAAAAAGGGGCUGAUAUAAACGCAAGGGCGAUGAACGGGGGAACAGCACUCAUGAGGGCUAUUCAAAUAUCAAAUCCUGAGAUAACCAAGUACCUCAUCGAUAAAGGAUGCAACGUGGAGAUAGAGAACAGAAAAGGCGAUACGGCACUUGAUAUUGCAAAAUGGUGGGCUGAUCCAAGAGUUCUACAAAUUGUCCAAGAGAAGUUUGACAGCCUUCCAAAACCAAAAGAUGGCGGGAAGAAGAAGAAAGGCAAGAAGAGUGCUAAAGGCGGGAAAAAGGGACAGCCACGCUCCAGCUCGGUACCACCUUUACCUCAAGGAGGGUUGACUGCACAGCAGGCGCUUCCAGACCAGUCACCCAACCACAGUCCAAGAGAGCGAAAAGGCUCCGUACUACGGGCAGCAUCUGCUAUGGCUGGGGGUAUUGAACAUGUUGAGGACAUAACAUACAUCCCCCUUAAAGUCUGGAAUCAUCAGGCCAAUACACGGGAAUUGAUCAUCAAGAAAGAGCAGCGACGUAUGCGCUUUGGAGACAGCGUUGACUUCCCUGAUUUUAAUAUGCCUUUCAAACAACAUUUUAUGACAAAAUCAGAGGAACUUGGAGGUGUCGACUCCGAAGACGAUUAACUACGCAUUAAUGUGGAUGAGUUUCAAACAACAUAUGACAAGAUCAGAAGAACUGGUAACUAAGGAUUAGCAGAACAAAAUAUUGUAUAGCCUAAGUGAUGGAUGGAGAAAUUGUAAAAAAUUGAUAAAGAUAAUGAAGCAGUGGCGGAUCCAGGUGGCAAAAUGGGUGUUCCUCCUGACUCUCCUCCCACCUCCUAGCAGCAAACAAAACAUCACUAACCAAUGUGAAAUCAUUAAGAUAGGCCCAAGAGAUUUUAAAUUUCUAAAAGAUUCCAAAGCCCUCUUGAAAUCCCACAAUAAGUAAGAAACUCCAAAACCGUUGCUUUUCGCACAUAGUUUCCACUCGCUUCGGAUCAUAGAUCCUCUAUUGCCAUUCCCCCACCCCCACUUCGCGAAAGAAUCUUGAUCUACCACUGCGAAUAAGAAAAGAUAAUGAAAUAGGAUUAUGUGUGCUAAGGGAAAAUUUAAUGAAUAUGCUAUUGAAUAGAAUAUUUUGUUUCAGCUGAUCACAAAUACAAUAUAUCAUGGGAAUUAUAAACCACAGUCUUUCAAAACUGUACCAUUAGUUAGUCUUAUCACGAUAUGUUAUGACAACGGCGGAUGUUCACAUCGACACUCAACUGUUAAAUUAUGAACGUAACGCACACACACACACACACACAAUAUAAAUAUCAUUAAUCAUUUCAUAGUCAUUGCAACCAGCUGUAUUGUUGCAAUUUGUAUGAAAUAAUAUGCUUAAUCACUGAGAUACGUGGGCCUAACGAAGUCGUGAAUUAUCGAUUAUGCUACGUCGUACAAUAACUAUUUCUUGGAUUUGGCGAGUCCCUCAAGCGCACUCGUAUUUAGCAGCUAACAUCGGUGUCACGUCACAGGGAUUGGUCUUCCGUGUAUUCAGCUCCUCAAAUUUCAUAGUAAAUCCAGCCUCCUGGGCAGGGACGUCGUCCCCUUUCCCCGCCACCACUUUAGGUAUCGGCCUGAAUUCACCAAAACACUACGUACGGAUGUUGGAUACCGACGUAUUUUUCAUAUAAGAAAUACCUGAUUGGGACUUUAGGUUGGUGUGUUUUGGUAACGAGGGCUAAUUCAUUUGCGAUGCAAAGUUAAAUAACGUUGGCGCCUCGUCAUUUAUCCGACUUCUGAGUUUAUAGAAUUCAUUAAGGUGUAUAUCAAGUACGAAACAUCGUUAUUAUGUUCUUUGAUCCAAGUCUCAUGUGUAUGAUAUACUGAGCAAGCAUUGAAUGAUUUUUCAUAAAUGAAAUGUCAGCAUCUUUAGCAUAUAUCAUCUGAUAUGCGGAAGAUGAAACGUUGGUCACCGUACCUAAGCCCACCUUUUGGAUAUUGUUCCAAUGGUUCCCACAAAGGGAGAUAGCGUGGGAAAACCUCGGCACUAAUGUCCAAGGGGGGUACAAGGUUCGGGAUUUAGCGGGACAGCCCAUUAAUCUAAUAAUGAAUAUAGGUCUUAUUGGAACUUAAUGAAGAACAUAGUGUUCAUAAUUGCUAUUUUCUACGGUAACUAAUCAUUUCGCCUUUCUAAAUAAAAUGAUACCGCCCUCUAUUGGAUUACAAGGUUCUUUAAGCAAUGAAGGGCGAUCAGAUUCCAUUUUCAAUAUAUAUGCAAUUAUGAUUUCACCUUGAUAAGCGCCUACAAUAUGGCGGCUAACUUUAGACGAAGCUUCAACGUUUAUAGUAUUUUACGAGAUGUGAUGCUGUAUAUUGUACGUACAGUAAUAGGCAUAUCUUUAUUGAGUGAUAUGUCACUAAUGGAUCACGUGACAAAGAUUCGAAUCGAUGUAAUGCGUGUCUUAGAACUGAACUUGUACUGAUUUACGUUAAUAUAUAUAUUGUAUAUAAAUAUAAAAUAAAGAGAUAUAGUUUAAUAAUGUA